GGGAAUAUGAUUGAAAAUUACGCGCGUCAGCGUCGUGCGAAUAUGAAAACAAAUAAUAUACCUACAUAUACACAGAUGGAUGACCUUGAGAUAAACAACAAAUAUCAGGUAUAGGACAUUUAACAGUCUUAUUCCUUUAUUUCGAAAAAUCGAAAGUGCAACGUAACGUUUUAUCUAUCUUAAUUCGCGCAACUUUAGUGAAGUGCGUGCCAUAAGAUGUUUGUAGUUUACUGCAAAAGGAUAAGGCGUAGAUUGCACAAACGAUCUCAAAAAUUUCGCGAGAUUCAAGAGUCCUUUCGGGAACACGCCCGCUUAUCUUCCGCAAAUUCGAAGAACGAAGAUUUCCUGGAGAACGAGGAAGAGGGUGGUGCGUGUAAUCGACAACAUUCGCCGGAGUCAGUGUUGUUCGAAUCGGAGCCGACUCUCUGCAGCAGCAAGCUCAGUCCUGAGAUCGUUCUCGAACGAUCUAAAGCAAGAUCUCUUCAAGAUUCAGAGACCCACGCGAUCGACGAUGCAUCGAUUCUUACGCAAAGGAUCGAACGAUCCAGCUUGUCCCAAGAGUGUCGCGAAUCGGAUCUUCUGAUGUACGAUCUCAACAUCGAAUCCAGAGAUGACCUCGUCAACUUGGAGAAGUAUCCUAAGCCGUCCUACGAUACAAUUAUGGACGAUUUAACGGACGGCUAUUCGUGCAGUUCAAUGUCUCUAAACAACGAAACACAAUCUUCAGUGCUCAUCGAAGAUGUUUUCGAAGAAACGAUUUGUCAAUCAACGAGACACCUUCCUUCCAGCUUGGAAUCUCAGUCGCAGGACGACUCGAUUCCUGUGAAUUCUUGCGAAAAGCAUGAGAGACGAUCUCUGGAGAAAAAUUCGGACCAGCAGGAAAAGCGCGAUGUACCCGACAUGAUAGAUUAUAACACGUUGGACAGGACUAUUUCAACGAAUGAUGAUCUCAUUCCCGACAUGAUAGAUUAUAACACGUUGGACAGGACUAUUUCAACGAAUGAUGAUCUCAUUCGCGAGAUGAACAAUUAUCUAGAGAGACAGUCGAUCUCGACGAUGAUAAGCAUUAAUGAUUCUACCAUAAGACCGACUGAUAAAUCACAAUCUUUCACAAUCGUGAACGAGAUCGAGAAAGGAUCCCGAUUCCCCGAUGAAUUGACCGGACUGUCGCUCUGCGGGUCUAUCAAGGAUCAUGAUGGUUCAGGAGCCGAUAAGGAGAGUAGGAAGAGGACGUCAAGUGAUAAUAGGAGAUUCGACAUCAUGCUUGAGAAGAUCGGCGAGCGUUUGACCGCAAAUUGGAGCGAGUUUCGCAAGAUGUUUGCGUAUCUGCAACGAGUGAGCAGGAAAAUUCGCGGCGAAGAAUGUGGCGCGUCCUUCCUAUACAGAAUGUUCCCCUACAUUUCCCUCUCGUCGUCGUCAUCGACCUUUUAUACGCCUUUUUCGUCGCCGAAGGAUGAUCAUCGCGAAAGCCCGAUGAAUCGUGGAAUCGCUACACGAUUCUCACUCGUCGAUGAAGAGCGCGAGUUCAAGAGAAGAGAGAGAAGACCACAGGAAAAGGAAGCGAGACUAAUCGAAUCCAAGAUUCAGAUGCCGGAAACACCUCGCUCAUCAUCGAAAUGCGAUUUCCGAAAUGCAACUUUGACAUUCGAUUAUAAUAGGGAGAUGAAGAAGCAGAGGCAAGCGCCGGAGAUUCGCGCUGAAAUUGCAGAUUUGCUACCAGAUGAAAAGGGCGUGGAACGCUCAUUGGAUCAUUUGCCUUUGUGCAAUAAAACAUAUUGGGACCAGAAUGUCUCGGAAUCGACGCUCAACCUGUCCACAGUGUCCGAUUACGACGGUCGCAGUAAUUCCCUGCAAAAAGUAGAACAUCAUUGGGAUGACUCCUACAAACGUCAACCGUCAAGGGACAGCUCGACGCAACGAGACAAUAACUCCCACGCAUCUCGGCCAAGAAACAUUUGCCGCGCAUUAAUUACAUGGGUGAUUGCUCUCUGCAUUUGCUUGAAAAGAAAACUACUGCAUCUUCUAAAUGGUAGUUGCAAAAAAAUGCAACAGAUGAUUGCUCCACUUUCGUUUAAGGAGACACCUCCAACGGAGAAGUUUAAUCGUUUGGCAACGACGUUGCGAUCUGAAAACGAGAAGAUGCUGCGCUUACUGUCGAAAAAAGUGACACGACUCUCGAUGGAUUUCGUCCAGGUACGGAAGAACACCGAAACUACCCUGAAUACCCUCACAAGCGAGACAAAUGUGAUUCGUGAAACCAGUCGAAAGAUGACCGAGGACAAUAUGACGCUAAUGCAGGAGCUGAAGAAGUUGCGCGAAACGCUGGAGGAAGUUCGAUCGAAGUUCUCGCAACCGGUUUCCUUGCCCCCUUCGUCUUCUCUUUCUUGUUCGCCCCCUCCUCCUCCCCCUCCCCCUCCCCCUCCCCCUCCGCCAUCCUUCUCAAUACUUCCACCGCUGCAAUCUCCUUUGCCGAAAGUCCACACUUGGGAACCGGCAUCAUCGAUACCACUUCCUCCGCCUCUUCCUAUAGCUUCCUUACAGUCUCCGACGCCGAUAAAAUCGCCGACAACCCCCAACAGUAGCAGAAGUAACAAGAAUAGGACGCCUAGAAAAUGUUCCACGCCGUUGUUCAACAGGCCCAGCAUCACAGUCGAGGACCUAUUAAAAGUCACAUUAAAGAAAGCACCGCAAAGUAUUAAAGAUAGCAGACGAAACACUGUCCCAGGUCCGAGAGGACCGAUGGUGUCCCUGGAGAUGUUGCGCAACGUGAAGCUAAAGUCUGCGAAACGUAAGGCCAACGAUCAGACCGGAAAAUCGCCCAGGGGUGGCCGAAUUGUGAAGACUCGAACCGCGUCGAGCAUUAAUCUCUCGCCGAUUUUGACAGGAUCGGAAAGCAAUUUAGAACGAAUCCUGCGACAGGUAAACUUGACGAGACCGAGGAGACUUUUGUCAAGCUCGAGUAGCUUACGCGAUCGCGACUUUGCGAAAGAGAUGCAAUCUCAGUCGUUGCAAAUGCACAGCAAGUCCCAAUCCACACUUGAAUAACUAUUUAAUAAGCAUAUCUCCUGCAUUAGAGGUAUCUUUUGCCGCAACUAAAAUUCAAUCGGAUAAAGUCUUAAUCUUAGUCUAUGUGAUUCAAGUCCUAGUUUUAUGACAAAAAGCUUUAAGCCCUAAGUGAGUUAGUCAACUAGAGUUUAAAGCUUAGGAUCGAUGUCAUUUUUCUCUUAAAUCUUCUUAAAUCAUCCUUUGUAGACUAAUGGAUUAACGCUAGAAGAGCGAGGCGAGAGAUCGUGCGUGAAUUUUUUUUCUCGCAUCAUACAUCGAAAUAAAUUGUUUUGUAUAAUUCGUAUUGAAUAGAUUUUUUAUCUUGAACUUUGACCUAUAUUGAACUUUUUAUCGUGAAUAAAUAAAAUCUAUUUUUGUUAACGGAAACGUAGGACUCUCAUAGAUUGAGUCGUAUAUUUUUAUCUACUAAUGAAAAAUUCGAAAAAAAA